AUGGCGCCUUCUGCGGCUACAGCACCCAGCGGUGGCCAGUCUCUUGUCAAUGCCACUCCAGCCAAGUCACUAAACACCUCUGAAGAGCUUGUUGAAGCCCUUAAAGCUACCAACACAGCUCCUCUCUGGGCCCAGAUGACACGCCUGAACCCUCCAGCACCCAACCCUCAAACUAUUCCCUAUGUCUGGUCAUAUGACAAGAUCAAGCCAUAUCUCCUCAAGGCUGGAAAGCUUAUCACUGAGAAGCAAGCUGAGCGCCGGGUCCUGAUGCUUGGAAACCCUGCAAAAGAGGCACCAUACACCACUGAUACCCUGUAUGCUGGACUUCAGCUGGUGCAGCCUAAAGAGACGGCACCUGCGCACAGACACACGGCCUUCGCAUGCAGGUUCAUCAUCGAAGGCACUGGUGGCUUCACUGCAGUUCACGGCAAGAGAGUGCCUAUGAAGCCUCGCGACGUCAUUGUUACACCCACUUGGAACUGGCAUGACCAUGGCAAGAAGGGCGCCGAUGAGGAGGGUGGAGAUGAUCAGCCCGUCAUCUGGCUCGAUGGGCUUGACCUCCCCAGCUUCAUCCACUUCCCUGUCCAUUUUGUGGAACAUCAUACAGCUGCACGAUACCCAGCUGAAGACUUUGAAGAGUCUAAUAUUGUCUAUCCGUGGAGCAAGAUGCAGCCCAAGCUGGAUGCCAGCCCUGAUGAAUGGGUCUCGGAGCCGUAUCUGAAGCCUAGUGGGGCCGAAAUUGGUCGUAUCAUUGGUGCUUCAGCUGAGAGACUUAACCCAGGAGCCAAGUCGCCUGAGAUCCAAGAGACGAGCUCUGCUGUGUACCAUGUCAUUGAAGGCUCUGGUUCCACUCAGGUCGGAGACAAGGUCCUUAAAUGGAAGCAGGGUGACACGUUUUGCAUUCCAACUUGGCACAAGUAUCAGCAUCAUGCAGACGACGGCAAGGUCUAUCUCUACAGAUUCGACGACAAGCCGAUGCUGAGGGCCUUAGGAUUCUACCGGGUGGCAGGAGUUGAUGUCGAGACCUAUGUCUCUGAAUGA